AUGCUCGGUUUUCGGGCACACUUGUCCACCCAGGACGUCCUCCUUCAAUUACACCACGACCUCUUGCAUCCAGACAGCGGUUCGAGCACGAAAGCUCUACUGAGUCUGGACGUCCAUAAGGCUUUUGGCAAUGCGCUCCACGCGGCCGUGCUCGAGAGCUUAGCCGACUUGCAACCCGGCGAACGAACCUACAACUAUAUCAGGUCGUUCCUCACAGGCAAGACGGUCGAGCUCGCGGUCGGGGACCUGCGCUCGGCUCCCAUCCGACUCGGGAACAAAGGCACGCCGCAAGGCGCAGUCCUGUCGCCAUUCCUCUUCAACCUCACAAUGCGCACCCUCCCUCCGAAACUGAGUGAAGUCCGGGGACUCAGACACACGCUAUACGCCGACGACAUCACGCUCUGGACGUGUGAAGGGUCGGACGGCACAGUUGAAGAAACGCUCCAACACGCCACCGACAUCGUCGUGCAACACCUGAAGGCAGCGGGAUUAGAGUGCUCCCAGAACAAGUCGGAGCUCCUCCUGAUCCGACCACCCGACCGAAGCAAGCACAAGUCACCCCCACCUCACAUCGCGAUACGCGUAAACCAGCAGCCAGUCACCCACGUCGAGACCAUACGAGUACUGGGCAUGAUACUGCAGCAGAACCGGCGGAAUCUCAUCACCAUUGACCAGCUCCAGAUGACGGUGACCCAGACCACGAGACUGCUGCACAGAGUGAGCGCGCGUAAGCAGGGCAUGAAAGAGAAGGACCUGCUCCAACUCGUCCAAGCCUUUGUCGUCAGCCGUCUCACCUAUGCGCUACCAUACCUACACUUACAGAAGACAGAACGAGCUUGCCUCGACUGCAUUAUAUGA